ACCAUGCCGUACAACUGCUGCCUGUCCAACCUGAGCUGCCGCUCUGGCUGUCCCUCCCGGCCCUGCGUGGCCCCCAGCUGCCACAACAUCCCCCUGCCUGGGGCCUGCAACAUCCCCGCCAACGUGGGCAACUGUGGCUGGUUCUGCGAGGGCUCCUUCAAUGGCAGCGAGAAGGAGACCAUGCAGUUCCUGAACGAACGCCUGGCCAGCUACCUGGAGAAGGUGCGGCAGCUGGAGCGGGAGAACGCGGAGCUGGAGUGCCGCAUCCAGGAGCGCUGCCAGCAGCAGGAGCCACUGAUGUGCCCCAGCUACCAGUCCUACUUCCGGACCAUCGAGGAGCUGCAGCAGAAGAUCCUGUGCAGCAAGGCGGAGAACGCCAGGCUGGUGGUGCAGAUUGACAACGCCAAGCUGGCUGCGGAUGACUUCAGGACCAAGUACGAGACAGAAAUGGGCCUGCGGCAGCUGGUGGAGUCGGACAUCAACAGCCUGCGCAGGAUCCUGGACGAGCUGACCCUGUGCAAGUCCGACCUGGAGGCCCAGGUGGAGUCCCUGAAGGAGGAGCUGCUCUGCCUCAAGCAGAACCACGAGCAGGAAGUCAACACCCUGCGUUGCCAGAUUGGGGACCGCCUCAACGUGGAGGUGGACGCCGCCCCCACUGUGGACCUGAACCGCGUGCUCAAUGAGACCAGGUGUCAGUACGAGGCCCUGGUGGAGACCAACCGCAGGGAUGUGGAGGAAUGGUUCGCCAACCAGACCCAGGAGCUGAACAAGCAGGUGGUGUCCAGCUCAGAGCAGCUGCAGACCUGCCAGGCGGAGAUCAUCGAGCUGAGACGCACGGUCAACGCCCUGGAGAUUGAGCUGCAGGCCCAGCACAACCUGAGGGACUCCCUGGAGAACACGCUGACAGAGACGGAGGCCCGCUACAGCUCCCAGCUGUCCCAGGUGCAGUGCAUGAUCACCAACGUGGAGUCCCAGCUGGCGGAGAUCAGGAGUGACCUGGAGCGGCAGAACCAGGAGUACCAGGUGCUGCUGGACGUCAAGGCGCGGCUGGAGUGUGAGAUCAACACAUACCGGGGCCUGCUGGAGAGCGAGGACUGCAAGCUGCCCUGCAACCCCUGCGCCACGACCAACGCGUGUGACAAGCCCAUUGGGCCUUGUGUCGUCAAUCCCUGUGCCCCUUGUGGCCCCCGAACCCGCUUUGGACCCUGCAGCACCCUUGGGUGCUAG